AUGAAGAAAUUGCAUGAAAUUUGUGCCCAGUAUUUGGAAUCGACUGCUUUGAAAAGAAGUAAGAUUUCAAAUUCAAAUACGCACAAGUGACGAGUCAAAUGAGUACUCGUUAAGAGGGUCUUAAUGGGGGUCUUUGGGUGUCAGUUGUCAGCUAAAAUUUAAGCCGGAUAUUUUGUCAGUUGUCAGUCAAAAAUUCAGGCAAAUGUCAGUAGUCAGUUAACCCCAUUCAGACCCUCCGUUAAGCUCUCUCGAAAAUAUUUUCUAUGAUAUCACACUUGAAAGAAUCUUCACAUCAAAAUGGCAUAAUCCAAGUCCUGCAAAAUGCUGACUUAUAAUUUUUUUCAUCAUUUCUCAGUAGUCAGUUAGGAUAUUUUGUCAGUUGUCAGUCAAAAAUUCAGGCAAAUGUCAGUAGUCAGUUAACCCCAUUCAGACCCUCCGUUAAGCUCUCUCGAAAAUAUUUUCUAUGAUAUCACACUUGAAAGAAUCUUCACAUCAAAAUGGCAUAAUCCAAGUCCAAAUUCUCUAUUAUUCAAUGUUUGACUUGUGCAUUUUCUAGAAAUAAACAAUAUUCUCAACUGUAUAUAUGGCGUGAUUGAUGAAGCUUAUAGUGUUGUGAAUGACAUGAAAAAUAAAGAUACUUUUAAAUCUCCUCAUGGCAAUGGACUCUGUGAUGCGAGAAACAUUCUUGAAGCUUUCAAACAGAUUGCUCGACACGUGGCAUUAGGUACUGUUUGGCUGAAUCGAAAUUUGAAUUUUAUUAAAGUGAAUUGAGAGAUGGUCAGGGCCGUUGCUAGGGGGGGGGAGGGGUGAUACUGGGGGUGUGACACCCUCUGAAAACAUCUUGUCAGCAAAAUGAAGGAUUUUGUCGGCCAUUUUUGAUGCUUGUGAUGUUACUCUCAGUGUAUAUCCACACCGGGCAAGCUUAGAAAAUAUGCCUGGCCACGGUGGGAAUCGAUUACCUACGACCUCUGGAAUACUAGCCCAAUGCUCUGCCAACUGAGCUACGCGGUCAGGUCGGUUCGAGUAUGUGAUAUUUCGGAACUGACUCUUGUCGUCUAAUCGAAUUAGACCUGCCACUCCCAUCCAACCCCCUCCCCGCUUAAUUUUAACUUUUGCUGGCAAAUAAAAUACUCCCCCCCCCCCCACCUGCUUAAGCUUCUUCGUGACGGCCCUGAAGGUGGUCUCAUUGGAACUGAAAAUCAAGGUGUCCAUUACUCUCUCUUUAUAUAGCGCUGGCGAGGUUUGCAUUAUUUUGUGAAAUGUUUACAAAAUACAAGAGUGAAAUGACCAGAGAUGAAAGGCAUGAGAUUAUCAAAAGGUCUGAACAAAAUAUUCCAUCUUUUAUUAUUCUGCAUAUGUUUAUCUGCUGUAAUAGUAAAGACAUCAUUCGUACUGCAACAUGACGUCAUUAAACACAAAAUAAGCUGGUCUGUAGAAAGUGACUAUUGAUGUAUCUCUUAUUGUUUGAAUGAAUUUCAGAUUGCUAGCGUUUGAGCACAAGUUACGGAAAUGUGCUGAGAUUAUUCUGGAAAGUUUGUCGUGUUUAACGCUAGACGAACAAAAAGAUCUGACCAGAUUUUUAGUCCCUGAAGUAGGAAAUGACAUGAUUUUCCGCAUAGAAAGUGUAACCUGUUUAACUCUACCAAAUACCACGAAUAAUGGGGGCUUUUUACCGAAUCUCUGGGAAGAACAGUUUAGAAUUGAUGAGCUAUCCAAUAUAAAUAAUUUUUUUUUUCCUGUGGUAACACUGGAUCAGUAAAGAUGACCCUUGAUCAGUAACAGAUGACCCUUGAUCAGUAACAGAUGACCCUUACUAAAUUUCUUUGGAGAACAGUUUAGAAUUUGAUAGAGCUAUCCAGAAUAAAUAAAGUUAGUUUACUUUAGAUUUCCUCCAGCAGUAACACUGGAUCAACAAGAGAUCCUUACUGAACCUCGAAGAAGAACAGCUUAAAACUGAUAGACCUACCCAGUAGAAGUAAAUAACUCACGUGCCACAUGUGGAUCGACAAUGCAGUUGAGGUUGGAACAAAAUUAGCGAUUGACGGCAAGGACGCAUUGGAUAAAAUUGUUCAAACUUCAGAUCGUGAAUAUCGCAAGAAACCAAAGAAAAGAGUUGAAAUGAAAUUAAGCAAUGCUUUACGAAUGGUAUGUUUCUGUGCUGUUUCAGUUUUUCACAUGAUCGUUUUUAUACGUUCAGAAAUUGCUAGCAUAUUCACAGCGGUAUAGAACGAUACCGGACGUAUAGUGUAAGUAUGUAUUUAGUUUUGUUUUCAAUACUUUUCUUUGUGUAUUUUUAUAUAGUCGAUGUUCUCAAAGGAAAUUCAAUUUCUGAAGAAACUACAAGAGCUAGCGGCGUCUGGUUACGUGUUUUUCUUUCAAAGAAGGUAUCAUUAAAAUGUGUUGUUUUUGUUUGUUAUGUUGCGUUUAUUGACUUCACCACUGUUCUAUUGAUUUAAUUUUGUUAUAGAGAAGAUUUUAAUUCUUUGACUGCUGAUGGAAAAGCGACGUUGAUUUUUAACUGCGUACAGUAUGUUAUUGCGAAAGUAAGUGAAGGAACGAAAUACAUUACCGGAAGCAUUGGUUUUAGACGAUGAGUGGUAGAAGGAAGGGAGGGAGGGGGAGAGUGUUAGGAUGGGGGAGUAAGUAAGGAUGGAAGGAAGGAAAGAAGAAUGGGAAAGGAGUGUGAAGGAGGGGGGAACAAACUCGAGAAAAGAAGGAAGGAAGGAUGGAGGAACGGGAUGGGAGGAUUUAGACAGGAAGUAUGGAAGAAAGGAAAGAAGACGAAAAGGGUAAUGGACAGGAAGGAGGGGUGGUCGGAAAGGAAAGGAUGAAAACAAGGAGAGAGGGACGAUGAAGGAAGAAGGAAGAAAUGAAAGAAUGGGAGUGAAGGAAAGGAAAAGAAAAGGAGGAUGGAGGGGGAAAAGAAGGGGUAAGAAAAGGAAGAAGGAGGAUGGGGGGAAGGGAAGGUUGGAACAAAGGCAGAGAGGGAGGAAGUAAGGACGAAAGGAAAGGCAGAAGAUGAAGUUGAGCUGAAGAGGAGCAAGAUGAAUGAAACAAAGAAAAAGGAAAGAGAAAGGCGGAAUAAAGAGGUUUUAAUAGAAGUACUAAAGUUAAAAAAUUAAUAAGAAAACAAUUUCUUUUUCAUUCUCAACGAUUCUUAUUCUGUUUAGGGUGCUGAAAAGCUUGACCAGUUUGCAUUUGAGUUGCCUGAAAAUCAAUUUAACAUAAAGAGUUGGAAAACAUUUACAAAAAUUGUCACAUCAAAAUUGGUAAGCUGGAACGUUUUUUAAAAAAAAUUAGUUGAACAAUGUUUAUUAGUUGAACAGAGUUUAACUAAUAAUGCAUGAAAUUUGUCAUUUUCAUACUUGGCUCAUCAGAAAAUGAAAUCUCAUAAGAGCAUUGUUGAACCGACCUUGCUGGAAAUUUGCGACCUUGUUAGACUGGCCAUGGAGGAAUUUUCUAACGUUGUAGAAGAAUUAGUGUGCGUGAAAUGUCGACAAACACAAGACGAAAAAGACGCCUGUGGUAGUCCUGAUGUGAAUGUUCCGUACGAGAGGCAGAAUCUUUCAACGCCUAAAGUAAAACUAUUUUCUUGUAUUUAUUUUUGA